AGAGUGCGAGGUCACCGCGCCCACGCCCGCCCCGAGCCGGCCGGGAGUAUUUGAGCUGGAGCGCGGAGGGGGCGUGUGGAGAACGUGCGGGAGAACCCGAGGGGAGGUCGCGCCUCGUCCCCGCGGCCCCGGGGAGAGCUUGUGGCGGCGCCGCGUUGGGUCGGCCGCAGGGAGCUGUUGCUCGGGGAUGACUUCUCUAGAAGCAGUGAUUUAAACUUGUGAGAUGCUUCCAUUAACUGGAAAAACAAUCAUCUUUGAUAACUUUCCUGAUCCUUCUGAUACAUGGGAAAUCAUUGAAACGAUCGGCAAAGGAACUUAUGGGAAAGUUUUUAAAGUGUUAAAUAAGAAAAAUGGCCAAAAAGCAGCAGUGAAAAUUCUGGAUCCGAUUCAUGACAUUGAUGAAGAGAUUGAAGCAGAGUAUAACAUCUUAAAAACGCUUUCUGACCACCCUAAUGUGGUCAGAUUCUACGGGAUGUACUUUAAGAAGGAUAAAAUAAGUGGAGAUAAGCUGUGGUUGGUUCUUGAGCUGUGCAAUGGAGGAUCAGUGACAGAUCUCGUGAAGGGUUUUCUGAAGAAGGGCAAAAGAAUGAGUGAGCCCAUAAUUGCCUAUAUUUUACGUGAAGCACUAUUGGGACUUCAGCAUUUGCAUAACAACAAAACUAUCCACCGAGAUGUAAAAGGAAAUAACAUUCUGUUGACCACUGAAGGUGGAGUUAAACUUGUAGAUUUUGGUGUGUCUGCACAACUCACCAGCACUUGGCACCGUAGGAAUACAUCUGUGGGAACACCAUUUUGGAUGGCUCCUGAGGUGAUUGCAUGUGAACAGCAAUUGGAUACCACUUAUGAUGCCAGGUGUGACACAUGGUCCCUGGGGAUCACAGCCAUCGAGCUAGGGGAUGGAGAUCCUCCACUGGCCGACCUGCAUCCUAUGAGAGCACUCUUCAAAAUACCAAGGAAUCCACCCCCCCAUCUAAGGCAGCCUGAGAUAUGGUCAGCAGAAUUCAAUGACUUCAUUAGCAAGUGCUUGACUAAAGAUUAUGAAAAGCGUCCAACAGUGUCAGAUCUUUUACAGCAUAAAUUCAUUACUCAAAUUGAGGGCCAAGAUGUGAUGUUGCAGAAGCAGCUGAUGGAAUUCAUUGAUAUUCAUCAAGGCAUGGGAGGCACAGAAAAAGCCAGACAUGAACGUAUUCACACCAAGAAAAGUAACUUCAGGAGAUCACUAAUAUCCACUCUGAAGGAUGUAGACGAUUUAGCAACCCUAGAAGUUUUGGAUGAGAAUACAGUCUCUGAGCAACUUGAGAAGUGUUAUUCCAGAGAUCAGAUUUACAUCUAUGUGGGAGAUAUACUCAUUGCUCUUAAUCCUUUUCAGAGUCUGUGUCUUUAUUCCACAGAGCAUUCUAAACUAUAUAUUGGAGCAAAGAGAACUGCCAAUCCUCCUCACAUUUUUGCAAUGGCUGACGUAGGAUACCAGUCCAUGAUAACAUAUAAUUCAGAUCAGUGCAUUGUUAUUUCUGGAGAAAGUGGUGCUGGAAAGACUGAAAGUGCUCAUCUUUUGGUUCGGCAGCUGACAGUGCUUGGAAAGGCUAAUAACAGAACUCUGCAAGAGAAGAUUUUACAAGUGAACAAUUUGGUGGAAGCCUUUGGCAAUGCCUCCACUAUUAUAAAUGACAAUUCCAGCCGAUUUGGAAAAUACUUAGAAAUGAAAUUUACCUCUUCUGGAGCUGUAGUGGGAGCACAGAUUUCUGAAUACCUUCUGGAGAAAUCCCGAGUUAUCCACCAACCUCUUGGAGAAAAAAAUUUUCAUAUUUUUUACUAUAUCUAUGCUGGAUUAGCUGAAAAGAAGAAACUAGCCCAUUACAAACUGCCUGAAAAUAAGCCUCCCAGAUAUCUACAAAAUGACCACCUCAGAACAGUACAGGAUAUGAUGAAUAAUAGUUUCUAUAAAUCCCAAUAUGAAUUAAUUGAGCAAUGUUUCAAAGUCAUAGGUUUUACAAUGGAGCAACUUGGAAGUAUAUACAGUAUACUGGCUGCAAUCAUGAAUGUUGGAAACAUUGAAUUUUCUUCUGUGGCAACUGAACACCAGCUUGACAAGAGCCACAUUUCCAAUCAUGCAGCUCUGGAAAACUCUGCUUCUUUGCUUUGCAUUCAGGCAGAUGAACUCAAAGAAGCUCUUACCUCCCACUGUGUGGUCACUAGAGGAGAAACCAUUAUUCGACCCAAUACGGUCGAAAAAGCUACUGAUGUCAGAGAUGCUAUGGCCAAAACUUUAUACGGGCGUCUCUUUAGUUGGAUAGUCAAUCGCAUUAACAGUUUAUUGAAGCACAGCACAUCGCCAAGUGGGAACGGUGAUGAGCUGAGCAUUGGCAUUCUGGAUAUAUUUGGCUUUGAAAACUUCAAAAAAAAUUCCUUUGAGCAGCUGUGCAUUAACAUUGCAAAUGAACAAAUUCAGUAUUAUUUCAAUCAACACGUGUUCACAUGGGAGCAGAAUGAAUACCUAAAUGAGGAUGUUAAUGCCAGAGUUAUUGAAUAUGAAGAUAACCGGCCCCUCCUAGAUAUGUUUCUGCAGAAGCCGAUGGGUCUACUGUCCCUACUUGAUGAAGAAAGUAGAUUUCCCAAGGCCACCGACCAGACUCUUAUAGAAAAAUUUGAAGGUAACCUGAAAUCACAGUACUUCUGGAGGCCCAAAAGAAUGGAACUUAGUUUUGGAAUUCACCAUUAUGCGGGAAAGGUCCUCUAUAAUGCAAGUGGGUUCUUAGCUAAAAAUAGAGACACUCUUCCAACAGAUAUUGUGCUGCUUUUGAGAUCAUCCGAAAACAGCGUAAUUCGGCAACUGGUCAGUCACCCUCUGACAAAAACAGGUAAUCUGCCACAUUCUAAAACUAAAAAUAUAAUAAACUAUCAAAUGAGGACCUCAGAAAAAACGAUCAACUUGACAAAGGGUGAAACUGGAGAAGCCACACAUCACGCCAUAGAGACAACCAACAUGAAAACACAAACAGUUGCAUCAUAUUUUAGAUAUUCUCUGAUGGAUUUGUUAUCUAAAAUGAUGGUGGGCCAACCUCAUUUUGUCCGGUGCAUCAAACCAAAUAAUGACCGUCAGGCAAGAAAAUACGACAGAGAGAAAGUUCUCCUACAGCUUCGCUACACGGGAAUUCUGGAAACAGCAAGAAUUCGAAGGCUGGGGUACUCACAUCGGAUACUUUUUGCUAACUUUAUAAAGCGGUACCAUGUUCUCUGCUACAAGUGGAAUGAAGAACCCCCAGUGAGCCCUGACACCUGUGCCACCAUUUUGGAAAAAGCUGGUCUGGAUAACUGGGCUCUUGGAAAAACAAAAGUGUUCCUUAAAUAUUAUCAUGUGGAACAGUUAAAUUUAAUGCGAAAGGAAGCCAUUGACAAGCUUAUUUUGAUUCAAGCCUGUGUCAGAGGAUUCUUGGAUUCAAGGAGGUACCAAAAAAUACAGGAGAAAAGAAAAGAGAGUGCUAUAAUAAUACAGUCAGCUGCAAGAGGACAUCUAGUCAGGAAACAAAGGAAAGAAAUUGUUAACACAAAAAACACAGCAGUAACAACUAUUCAGACUCAUGAUCAGCAAUUUGACUACAAGAAAAACUUUGAAAAUAAAAGGGAAUCUUUUGUGAAGAAACAGACAGAAAAUGUGGUCCCUACUAACGAAACAGUCAUUCCAGCUCCAAAUAAUAAAGGAAGUACAUCUGCAGUGAAGACUUCUACUUUCAGAGUUGAAGGGGAAGCCAUGAUUGCUGUUGAAAGUAACAACAGAGGACAUCAAACUCAGAAAAAAAUGAAUAACAUGUACGGAGAAGAGGCUAAGCAGGAAGUGUAUCUGGUGGGGGACCCUUGGACAGAAGGACAGCCUAAGAAGAAAUACGCGAAAGACCUGGAAGAGAAUAGUAAGGUAAGGAGAGUGGAGGAGAACACUGUGCUCCAGAAUUACUAUCAGAGGUAUGCAGAAGAAAGGAAUUUUGAAGAAUCAAAAGUAGCAUAUCUAGAAAGGAAGGCCAUCUCGGAAAGGCCAAGCUACCCAGGACUUUGGGUGGUGGAGAAUGAGACAAAGCAACCUUCUUUAACAAAAAGUUUGGAACCCAGUCUUAGCCAAAGGUCGGUUCAUCAAAAUGGAGAUAGCAAGGAAAAAGAAAAGAAGACAUCUGUAGUUACCCAGAGUGCACCAGUGUGCAGCCAUCAGAGAAGCCAUUUGACGCCUGGGUCGGUCAGAGAGAGGCCAGCCCAAGCCAGCAUUCACGCCCAGGAGGAAGAUAGAGCGGCAGUGUUCAUUCAGAGCACAUACCGGGGCUACAAGAGAAAGCAGCAAUUACAGAAGGACAGGAUGUCUUCUUUUCAAAGUCAAAAGGUUGUUUCAAAACCAACAGAAGUAGCAACAAAUACCCAUGAUUUGUACUCCUAUCCCAGAAAACAUGAGGAAUCCUGUAAUAUCAGGACAAAGAAUGAUAGAGACUCAAAGGCAGUUUUAGAGAACCAAGCAUGUGAUUUGGCAAUCUUUUCAAAACAGAUAUCAAAGUUAUCUGAAGAAUAUUUCAUUCUGCAGAAAAAACUGAAUGAAAUGAUUUUGUCACAGCAACUGAAGCCUCUUUAUCUGGGUGUCUAUCCUCAUAAGCCAAUUAAUAGACGAGUUUCUUCUCAGCAGUGCCUCUCAGGUAUCUCUAAAGAAGAAGAGCCAAAAAUAUUGAGGCCCCCAAGACGGCCCCGGAAACCCAAAACAUUAAAUAACCCUGAGGACUCCACAUACUAUUAUCUACUACAUAUAACAGAUCAAGGAGGAAGGACCUCUGUCAUAUUAAAACAACAACAACCACAACAAAUACUACCUGGGUUCCAGGGAUCAUUGACUAGACUGCUGGGGUCCAUUGUAUCUAUGGUGGUAAUAUAAUUAUUUGUAUGCACCUCCCAGCCCAAGGCAUUGGAUCAGGAAUGUAAUAGGAAAUGAGAAGGAGGGCAUGAAUGUAAUUGAUGUCCUGCCCCUUAACAUGGUUACUUCUUAAAUGGUCCACUCUCAGACUUGAUGCAUUUAAGCAUUCCUUCUACCUCGUCCACCCACUAAAAUACCAACCAAUGAGAAUAAGUGAAACAUGAACUGUUUGAUUUAUCCAACAUUUUAGUGUAUUACAAAUGCUAAAUCAUGAGAAAAAAUGAAUGUGCCUAAAAAAUACUGGAGAAAACCCUCAAUACUUACAAACCAUUAUCAGCUGCCAUUUUUAUUAUCUUGCCAUUUUUAUUAUGGUGCCAGCCAACUUGAUAUCUGCAUUAGGGUUUCCACACUUACAGUAUCUUCAGCUUGUUCAAGGUGAGUGUCCUGUUUGUUCUCUCAGCCUAAAAGACACAUAUGCUCUUGCAACAUGUAAUAGGUGAGCUCAAAUAUCUUGAGGCAGCUGACAGUGAAACGCAUUACUAAUGUUACAAUAUAAAAGGUGAUAUUGCUUUGUAUGUAAGGUACCAUUUUGUUAUUGUUCAGAUUGAAGUAUUGAUUAAAAGGUAUCUAAUUAAAUCUAGACCUACAUAUUCUAAUUUCUGCCUUGAUACAUAAAUUCUCAACCGUGAAAACAUUUUACAAAUGAACAUACGUAUCCUCUAGUCUGUUACUUUUAUACCAUAAAUGGGCUCUUGGUAAGUCACACUUCCAUUCUUUUGUGGACUAUUGCACCUGCCUUCACUGUCCACCCACCUGCUUCGCCAGCAGACAAAGAUGACGUAUAAGCAAGAUGUCAAAGCCACCUAAUCAGCUUGCCUAAAGCACAGCGCAUUUGUGAUGGAGAGAUGGGUUUUCCAGGAAUUCUGACAUAAUUUUUCCCAUUUAUAGGUAGAUGGACCUUAGGUAAUCUUGUGUAUACUGGUCACUGUGUGGUAAGCUCUUUUCGGCAUGGAAUGCAAAGAUUAUUUGCAAUCCGGUAAAAACAUAAUCACAAAUACAUAAUUAAUAAAAUUUGAGUGAAUUAUAUUUCAUUAGAUUUUUAAAACAUUGUGUCCAUUUGCUUAUUUCCAAAUUGGCUUUAUAAGAACAAAUGUAUUUAUAUAUUAAUAUAGUAAUUAUAUCAGUUACAUUACAUUAAUCAUAAUAUCCUGAUUUUUAACUUUUUUCUAU